AUGAGCAAAGAAGAAAGAGAAGAAUCGAUAAGCAAAAUCUUGAGAUACAUUCACAUUUCUCUGCUCUGUGUGGAUGUCAAUCCAGAGUCAAGGCCAAGUUUAGAUGUUCUUCAUUGGUUUAGUUGUUUAUCUACUCCUUUACCAGAACCAAGAAUUGGUAAUCAGUCUCUUGUAGAGGACGAAACAAUUGGUUAUCGGUCUCCUGAGGAGGAAGAAACAAAUUGGUUAUUGUCGCCAUUCCCUGGAUAUGUCUCUCCUAUGUCACCUGUGUCUCCACGUUAA